CGUCUCAACCUUUUUUCCCAUCUUUUCUUUUCCGAUUUAUGCACCGAAAACAGCCAAAAGGUGGCAGCUUCAACUGUCGCCAGAGUGGCCCCCGGCGGAGAUCUAAAGCAAAAUGGUUAAUCCCAAUUUCUUGAAGACCCCAGAAAUUCCAUCGUAUAAUGUCCGAGGGAAACAAGUGGCGGGUGUUGACAAAUUGUGUUAUAUGACAGAUACUGUUACCGACAAUGGCAUUUGGGAAGAAAUCAACCCUUUGGAUUCCAAACUCCCGAUCUUCAUUUUUCAACUUGCUAUUGUUCUAUUCGUCACCCGCCUUUGUCUGCUCCUCCUCAAGCCCCUCCGCCAACCCCAUUUCGCUGCUGAAUUGCUCGCUGGUAUACUGGUGGGUUCAACUGCAAUUGCAAGUGAAUUCGCACGAGAACAUAUUCCAGCGUUUGGUGCUAUAUUUGCAGCCUCUCGAAUUAUGAUGAUGGAGACCGUGGGAAACCUUGGGCUAAUUUAUCAUGUAUUUCUUCUUGGGUUAGAAAUGGACUUAAGAGCAUUAACAAGUGUUGGACCUAAAGCCCUUGGCAUUGGUAUUGCUGGAGCUAUUUUCCCGUUUGUUAUUGGAGCUUCCCUGUACACGUUUAUCGCGGACUAUCCCGAGAGUUUCAGGUGGGGUUUCCUUUAUUGGGGUGUAGCACUCUCAGUCACUGGCCUUCCUGUUAUAGCAGAAAUCUUUGCAAAACUAAAGCUCCUCCAUUCAGAGAUUGGAAGAAUAGCCAUGUCUUCAGCCCUUGUUAAUGACUUGUCGUCGUGGUUUCUCCUUGUAGUCUCAUUGUCAAUAACUAGUAGCUAUUCAAGUACGUACUUGUCAUUGUUUAGUGCUAUUGUGUUCAUCAUUUUCAGUAUUUUUGCAAUCCGUCCGGCACUUUUGUGGGUGAUUAGGAGGAGGACCCGAGAUGGAGAAGAAUUUAGUGAAGCAAUAGUUUGUGCUAUACUUGCAAUGGUCUUGGCUUGUGGGUUGGUGACGGAUAUAUGUGGAGUUAGCUCUAUGCUUGGUGCAUUUGUAUUUGGUCUUAUAAUACCUCCAGAUUUCUUGGGGCACAGGUUUGUGUUGAUGCUACAAGGCUUUGCGUCGGACUUGUUGCUGCCUCUUUAUUAUGCUAGUCUAGGAAUGAGGACUCAUCUUGGGGGAUUAAACAAAGAGGACGUGCUUAUGAUGGUUCUAGUUAGCUUCUUUUCAUUCAUACCUAAGAUUGUUAGCACUAUUGCUGUUUCUUAUUUGUAUAGAAUGUCGUUGCGUGAAGGAUUUACACUUGGUGUCUUGAUGAACACCAAAGGCCUGGUAGCUGUCAUGGCAAUGAGCUUGGGGCGUGACCAUACUGUAAUGAAUGAGGAUGGAUUUGCCAUCAUGUUGUUUACCAUUUUUUUCAUGAGCAUAGCAACAUCACCAAUUGUGAACUUCCUCUAUAGACGGACUAAAAGGUUCUUGCCAAGCCAGCACAGAGUGUUACAGGACCUAAAACCAGAUGCUGAGCUCCGAAUCCUUACCUGUAUUCAUGAAGUACAAACUGUUGCUGGAAUUACUGCACUCCUGGAUAUAUCCCAUGCCUCGAGAAGAUCCCCAAUUUGCGUCUUUGCUCUUCAGCUCAUGCAGCUGAAAAAACAUACCACCGCUCUCCUCAUUGUUCAUGGCUCCAGCAGGACUAGCUCAGAAAGCGUCAGUAAAGUAGGCGGACAAAUAGACCAAUUAAUUGCUGCGUUUAACAACUUAGAGCAUCAAAAUCCAAUGGUAUCUGUUCAGCUAUUGACUGCUAUAUCUCCUUAUGGCACAAUGCAUGAGGAUGUCUGCAGUCUUGCUGAGGAAAAGCAGGUGACACUAAUCAUUCUCCCAUUCCACAAGAGACAGACUAUCCAUAAUAACAUGGAAGAAAUGAAUCCUGCUUAUAAAGAUGUAAAUAAUAAUAUUUUAGCAACUGCACCUUGUACUGUUGGUAUUCUUGUAGAUCGUGGUUUUGGCACAUUGUUACCUACUAAAAAAGAUGAGGGUAUAAGUAGGAGUUGCAGAAUUGCUAUGAUCUUUAUAGGGGGGCCUGAUGACAGAGAGGCUUUGGCCUAUGCUUUGCGCAUGGCGAGACAUCCCAAGGUAAGUCUAACAGUUUUGAGGUUUAUUCUAGAUGAAAGUAGAGCUAUAGCUGGUUCAACACAAAAUGACGAUGCAGAUUUUUCCGUCAUAAUGGGAGCUGAAGCUGAAAAGCAAGCUGAUGACCUUUUGGUAAAUGAGUUUAGGCACAAGGUACAGAAUGAUGGCUCAAUUGUUUAUAUAGAGGAGAUGUCUAGUAAUGGGGCAGAAACAGUGAAAAUAAUAGCAACACUAGGUCAGGAUUUUGAUCUCUAUGUGGUAGGAAGAGGAUUGGGGUUCUUUUCGCCGCUCAAGGGUGGGUUAGAUGAGUGGAGCGACUGCCCGGAGCUAGGGUCGAUUGGGGAUCUGCUGCUGACAUCAGACUUUUCUUCUAGUGCUUCAAUUUUUGUGGUGCAACAGCAUGCAUGGCUCAACCCUGGAUCAUCAACUCAAGGAAAUUCAAUUCUAUGAUACAUAUAGAAUCAUGUUAAUCUGGUACAAUUUAUUAAUGAGACAGAAAAGAUGGUUGUUGAUCUUUUGCAGAGGGUUACGAAAUGAUUUAGCUCUAGCUAUCUUGUACAGGAAAUUUUCAAUUUUAUAUUUAGAGGGAGUUUCUUUUUCCUCUCUGAAUAGAUAUAUCUACCUUAUUUGAAUACAAAAUUCUUGAGUUCCAUUGUUGUA